UCCCUAUCACUUAUGACGAGGGUCCGAUAUUCUACGUGCACCUCCAAGGCGCGUCAGCCCAGUUUUUUCGUGCCAACAGAUUAAUCGAUAUGAAAUUGGCUUGCGUGUCACGAUAUAUAAGGCACACCUAACCGUUGAGGCCAUCCCUCAGACCCCACUAUCAUCACCCCAUUUAUGGCACCUGACCCUUUUGACACUGCACCGAUCUCGCCCUCGAAGGAGCAUGUUGAGUGCAAAGAGCUCGAUGUCGACGCAGAAUUCGGUGGCAUAAAGGCACGAAACAAGCUAGAGCGCAAGUUGUUAUUGAAACUCGACCUGCACAUGUCAAUGCUGGUCCUCAUGUAUAUCCUCAAUUUUAUCGAUCGAAACAAUGUUAGUGCGGCACGCACACAGCUCACCACCGACCUCCAUCUCGAGGGUCCACAAUUUGCGACAUUAUUGUCUAUCUUCUUUGUCGGAUAUGUUAUGAUGCAGGUUCCCUCCAACAUGUUUCUCAAUUACAUCGGAAAGCCGUCGCUUUAUCUGCCUGCUUGUAUGGUAAUUUGGGGAGUCAUAUCGGCGCUGACUGGAAUUACUACAAAUUUCGUUGGAGCGCUCCUAACGCGAUUCUUUCUUGGCUUCAUGCAAGCAGCUUUUUUCCCCGGCGCCGUGUUCUUGAUUUCGAAGUGGUACAAAAGCACAGAGAUAGGUUUCAGAAUAGCCAUCCUCUUUUGCGGAAACAUGAUCAGUAACGCUUUCGGAGCUGUCAUUGCAUCAGGUAUUCUUGCUAACAUGGACGGUGGCAUCCGUGCACAAGCCGCGUGGAGGUGGCUUUUCUAUAUCGAAGGAAGUCUGACUGUCACCAUUGCGAUAAUGACUGUCUUUGUUUUGCCGGACUUUCCAAUGACAACAAAGUGGCUUACUGAUGACGAGCGCCGGCUUGCACUGAAGCGUAUGGAGGAGGAUGUCGGUGUCGGAGACCAGUUAGAAACUGAGAACGGUGGCUUCAGUUACGGCUUUUACCUCGCCAUCUCCGACUGGAAGGUGUGGUGGAUCGCAAUACUAUCGACUGCUCAGGUUGUAGCGUUGUCAUCCCUUGCCUAUUUCCCUACUCUUACUGCAACACUUGGCUACAACCCAACGACAUCGCUGCUCCUCGUUGCGCCUCCUUGGAUAUAUGCUGCCAUUUUCACAUUCGUGUGGGCCAGACACUCUGAUAAAACACAAGAAAGGUCCUUGCACAUGAGCAUUUCGAGCCUCAUUGGCAUAAUUGGGUCCCUUGUUUCGAUAUGUACCAUGAACACUGCAGCCCGAUACUUGGCUCUCUUCCUCAUGGCGCAGUCCCAUUCAUCACAUGUCUUGAUGACCACGUGGGAGAGUAACACAUUUGCGCGACCGCCGUCAAAGCGCGCAGUAUGUUUUUCGCUUAUCAAUGCACUUCAGCAACUAGGCAACAUCGCAGGGUCGUACGUCUGGUCAGUUAAUUGGGGCCCUACCUAUCGAUACUCUUAUACCAUUGUGAUUGCCGGUAACGUUACCGCGAUUAUGAUGACUUGGAUUCUCAGACAGCAUCUGAAGACAUUGAACAAGAAACUGGAGAAAGAAGAGCAGGAGCAAGGGAAAGAAGAAGGAUUCCGCUACGUUCUCUGAACGAUGGCUUGGUGACCUACGGGUUUAGUUUUACAAACAAUGACCACGUACUAGCAGCCAAUGUUUACCUUUAUUAGUGCCAUAGAUAUCUUGAAUUCAACAUGAACUUCAGGGACUUUCUCCGCC